AUGGCCUGGGUUCAUGAUGAUGGUUGCAGGGAGGUGGUUGAGACUGCCUGGCAGGAUGGAAGGGAUAGGGGUUUGCUGAAUUGUCAGCAAUAUUGUGGUGGUAGGCUUAUGCGGUGGGGUGGGAAGCACAAGAAUCAAUUUGGUGACCUUAUAAAGUGUUUGAGAAAGGAACAGGAUGCAUUACGACACCGGAGGGAUUCAGCUGAUUUGGCUGAGUUUCGACGGAUCGAAGUCAUGCUGGGUCAGGUGGAGGUUCAGGAGGAUGUGUUUUGGAGGCAGCGGGCUAAGCAGCACUGGCUAAGUGGUGCUGACGCCAACACAAAAUUUUAUCACAGGUAUGCCUCUGCUCGUAAAUGUAAGAAUUAUAUUACUAUAUUAAAGGAUGAUGCUAGUGAUUGGAAUAUUGCUUUAUUACGUCCCUAUGAAUCUGAUGAGGUUAGGAGUGCUUUAUUUGCAAUGUUUCCUGAUAAGGCACCAGGGGCAGAUGGAAUGAACCCGGGCUUCUAUCAGUAG